AUGGGCGACAAGGCGGUGGCCUUCGCGCCUGAGGCCGACGAACCGGAGGUGAUCGGCGCCCGCGCCGAGCUCCUCGACCACGUUCAACGCCGCCUCCUCUACUUCGGUCGCAUCUUAGUUGCCGGCGGCUGGCUCGUCCUCACCUACGCCUUCAGCAACCGCGCCGCGAACGAAGAGCACGCGCUCCUCGGCCUCGCGCUUCUGCUACUCGGCGUGUUCCUCAUCUUGCUGGCGCCGGUGGCCAACCAGUUCCCGGGAGCGGCAGGGGCCGGCGCAGCCGUCGCCGACGCCGUCCUCUUCUACUUCUUUGCGCCGCCGAACUAG